AUGGCUAGGACCAUUGGACAAUGCCUUUUGUUUGAUUCUUUACCCAAAAGAGGUAUCCUUUUGAUACUUGGGGCUAUGCCAAUUGAGGAAAGAGGCCAAAUGAAAAUUUUUAGCCGAGGGAUAUCUGACUCAGCUGGGGAGAAGACUGGAAUCGGCUGCCAUUUGGGGAAAGAGCUGAGAAGAAGCGGUCUUGUCAUUCUCUGUGGCGAGGAGAGCUUCUUCAAUAUCUUGGAGAAGGGAUUCGGCUUUGUCAUCCUCACCUCAAAGGAGCUCGGACAAGCCCAGAGAACAUAUCAGGUCUGCCUCUUGGCCUUGUAUUGUUGGCACUUCAUGGCUCCCCUCAAUCUCAGCUUUAUAAAGUGAACGGUUUUACCACUACAUGUUCUUUUUUAGUUGAUAUUUCUCUCAAGUAGUC